AUGGCAUCUUCAUCUUUGGCAAGUCCGCUCUGUAAUCAGGCACAGUCUCCUCUGCUCCAUUCAUCAGUCUCUUCUUCUUCUUCUUCAAAGAGAGCCGACCAUUGGCCCAGCAAUAGAAGGAAAACUCUUAUUGGUCCAUGCAGCGGCGGCUCAUCUAGCUGCAAAGACAGUGAUUCGGUUUCUUCAUUUUGUGGAUCACGAUUUCAAGGCUCGAUGACUUCCUGCUUAGCUUUUGAGCCACGUAAUGACUACCGUUCCUUUAAAAAUGGUAGCAGUUUCCGUCAAAAUGGCAGCUCCUCGUCUUUUUUUGAAUCAAAACAUGUUUCCUUCAACAAUGAUCGUAAGCACCGGAGGAUUGAUCGAGGAGCCGCCCGUUCUGAGGAAGCCAUGGCUAUAGCAGUGCAACCUGCUAGAGAAAUCAGGACAAAGCAGAAACUUCCCAUGAAGCAAAGAAGGGUUGUUGUGACUGGGAUGGGAGUGGUAACUCCACUUGGCCACGACCCUGAUGUCUUCUAUAACAAUUUGCUUGAGGGUGCCAGUGGUAUAAGUGAAAUCGAGGCCUUUGACUGUGCUCAGUUUCCGACCAGAAUUGCUGGGGAGAUCAAAUCUUUAUCAACUGAUGGAUGGGUUGCACCAAAACUUUCCAAGAGGAUGGAUAAGUUCAUGCUUUAUAUGCUUAUUGCUGGAAAGAAAGCCUUGGAAGAUGGUGGAGUAACUGAAGAUGUAAUGGAUGAAUUAGAUAAAGAGAAAUGUGGAGUUUUGAUUGGUUCAGCAAUGGGUGGUAUGAAGGUAAAUUCUGUAGUCUCUAGUUUAUAA